GCGUUAUUUCUUCUUCAAUUCGAUCUCAGAGAUCAUCUUGGUGUAUCUUCCAGGCGUCAUCCUCGCUUGGCCGCCAAAAAAAUUGCCGCCAUAUCUGGUGAGAUUCCUCCAUGCUCAUCUUUUAUCGGCGCCCCCUCUCGUGCCGGUUCACUCUCAUCGGUGCCCUCUUUCGCUGGAUCUCUCUCUCUCCAGUUGUCUUCUUGGUUUUGUCGGCAGCGUAGGUCGACUGUGGGCGACGGCGGUCAGCGACUCUAGCCCCAGGAACCCUAUCUGUGAGGAAUGGCAAGAACGGGCAAGUCAUCUGUGGUUGAAAUUGAUGAGAGCAAAAAGAAUUUAAUCUAUGUGUCUCAGGGGGUAGGUGGGUCGCUACCACUGCGAAGAUGGUUUUGUUUGAAUGUUGAUGAUGUUACAACUCAUCGAAGGCAUCUGGACAGCAAAAACAAAACCAUACCAAUAGUGAGUUAUGCAAGCAUUCCACACUUUGGGUUUUUUUAUUCCCUCUCAAUGGAUGGUUCUAUCUACCUUAUCGGUCAAGGUCAGUCCUGUGUGCGGGUCACGUCUUGUCCCAAUGAAAACGAAGGAUUAGUAGUGUGGAGAAAACUUCCUCCCAUGCUCCAUCAAGAUCGAAACUGGCCUAGUGGCGUUUUCGGAGUUGCUGGCAGGAUUUAUGUUUUUGGGGGUAAUAAUGGUAACUCAGUCCCGGACCCCUAUGCGGAGGUUUACGACACAGAAUCGGAUCAGUGGGUGGCCCUGCCCGAAACCCCGAAAGAGUACCGCGGCAGAAUGAGCUUUCGUGCUGUCGUCCCUCAUCCUAAUGGGGGUGGUAGUAGUAGCAGUAAGAAUAAGAAGAUAGUUCUGAUCAAAUUUUCUAGGCAGGAUGGCCUCUACGCCUUCGACCCUGAGGAUAAAACUCAACCGUGGUCUUGUUUCGAUGCUGAUUUCCAUGAAAACUUGGAGGGUCCUGUGGCAGUCUGGAAGCACUUGGUACUUUGUCGCAUCGGCAAUGGGGUGUUACGUGCUUACGAUUAUUUAAAGCGGGAGUUUGUGCAUGGGAAUCUAUGGGCGCCUAGUGAAAAAGUCGCCUCCCUUAUAGAUGUAGAGCUCUCAACCCUAGUUGAUUUGGGACAAGGCAGGAUUUUUAACGUCCAGUGUCAUCCGUUAGUUUCAGAUUUUGAGUAUUUUCUAAUUGAAUGCUUCCCGUUACAUUUCAAGAUGAAAAAUGGAGGAGUGGCGGUUUAUCUGGGAAAGCCCGUCUGCUAUUCUGUCAGCGGCAGCUCCAUGUGUCCUCAGGUCCAUGGCAAUUUUCCCUAGGUAAAUUGCAGCCAACCUAUUGCAUGCAUUUAUUUAAUAAUGGCUGUCAUUAUGAAUUUGACACGUAACCCAUAUCAUGUUAUCAAUUUUCAGCUCUUUUAAUGUUCAAACCUUUAUGUUGUGCCCUGUGGGUAUUUGGAAGUAUUUCAUUUUUUGUUGUGGAAACUAGUACCCUUCAAUACAUAUGCUUGUUCCGU